UAGGGCCAUCGUUAGUGCUCUUACUUCCUCUUCUUCUUCACACUGACUCUGUAUUCCACCGCGUCCAACGCAGCCGAGACCCAAUGGCCUCGGUUUCACCAGUGCUCCGACAAUGGGUCCAUGAAGGACGACGAGUUGAGAAGGAACAACUGGGCUGGAUGGUUCGAACCAUGAGGGACUUUAGACGCUUUAAUCACGCUCUUGAGAUAUCUCUGUGGAUGACAGGCAGUAGGUUUCUUAAAAUAUCACCAAAACCCCUAAGCCGUCCCCUCUUCCCUGCAAGCCCCUGUCAAUACUGUUCAGCAACGAAACCCUUUGGUGCUAACCCACGGUCUGCUCUUGCCAUUUGUAUGGUUUUCAGUACCCACUCCUACUCCACUGAAGCUAUAUCCUCAUCUUCGCCUCAAACUGAUUCUCUGUACCAUCGGAUUUCACGGUUGGGUGAUCCCAAGAUUUCCAUGACCCCAGUGCUCAAACAAUGGGUCGAAGAAGGCAGAGAUGUCAGGCAAUCUGAGCUCCAAAAAAUCAUCAAGCAGCUCCGUAAAUACCGUCGCUAUACACAGGCUCUCCAGGUAUCGGAAUGGCUGAGUGAAGCAAACUUUGGGCCUUCAUCCGGAGACAUAGCAAUUCGUUUGGAUUUGAUCUCAAAAGUUUAUGGUCUAGAGAGGGCAGAGGAGUAUUUUAAUAGCAUCCCAGAGUCUUCCAGAGUUAAUAAGAUUCAUGGUGCUCUGUUAAAUUGUUAUGCUGAGAAAAAAUCCUUAGAAAAAGCAGAGGACCAUUUUCAGAAAAUGAAGGAGAUGGGCUUCAUCGAAACGGCAUUAACUUAUAAUGUUAUGCUAAGCCUCUAUUCUCGGACGGGAAAGCAUGACAAACUAAAGAGUCUAACACAAGAGAUGAAACGAAAUGGCAUCAAGUUUGACAAGUUCACAUUAAAUAUUCAGUUGAAUGCUUAUGCUGUUACUUCAAACGUAGAAGAGAUGGAGAAGCUUUUACUGAUGAUGGAAACUGAUCAUCAAGUGGUGUUGGACUUCCAUUCUUAUUUUAUUGCUGCAAAUGGGUACCUAAAAGCUGGCCAUCCCGAUAAGGCGUGGAUGAAGCUUAGGAGAUCAGAACAGGUGAUUGACAAUAAAGAAAAGAAAAUUGCUUAUGAACACCUUCUUACACUCUAUGCUGCUACAGGGAAAAAGGAUGAAGUUUAUCGCAUUUGGAAUCUGUACAAGAACUUAGGAAGAGUCUACAACUCUGGGUAUCUUUCUGUCUUAAGCUCACUAGUUAAGCUUGAUGACAUUGAUGGCAUGGAGAAAAUCUUUGAGGAGUGGGAAUCUGUGAACACAUUAUUUGACAAUAGGAUUGCAAGCGUGCUGAUAAGUGCUUAUUGCAAGAAAGGUCUUUUGGAGAAAGCUUUUGUUAGUGUGGAACGGCUUUUUACGAGUAGUGGAAAGGAGCCUGAUGCCGGCUUAUGGCAGUGUCUUUCAACUCAAUGUUGUAUAGAUGGUGAGAUGGCAAAGACAGUGGAAAGCAUGAGGAAAGCAAUUCUGGCUGGGGGACCAAGAUGGAAGGUAAACCGUACCACUUUUAGCGCAUGUCUUGAAUACUUGAAAAAUGAGGGGAACUUGGAAGCUGCACAUGAGAUAUUGGGGUUACUACAUGAACGUGGUUUUUGCCCGGAUGAUAUCCAUAGUAGAUUAGUAGAAUACUUAAACAGUGAUAAAGAUUCAGGGGCCCUUGAUGCAAUGCUAGGAGAUGAUAAGGAAGAGAGUGGUGAUGCUGAAGAUGGAUAGAUGAAUGAGUGAAAUAUGUUAUAGUGAAUAUAACCAACAAGCACACGUGAUUGGUGUAAUCAUGGUCGAUAUAACCAAUGAGCACACAACAUGAUUGGUGUAAUGAGCUACUUUCACCACGGCAGUUGCGAACUUUUGUUUUAACCACACGCACCUAUUUAAACUUUAACCCAAGUAUACAAUAAUUUCAUUUAAUUAAAUAUGAUAUUUAUUUAUA